AUGAAGGGUGACUGCGGCUGCUCCGGCGCUUCCUCCUGCAACUGCGGCUCUAGCUUGACUAUGGCUUUCCAUCAAAUAACGGGCGUGGCACUCGACCCCGCCCCCACCAUGACUCUCAGUGCUGACCCCACGGCAUCCCCAAAUGCUCAUAUGCCCAAGAGAAACAACUUGCGUAACAUCAACAAAAUGGCGUUGGACAUUCGAGAAAGAGACCAAAAGUCAACAUUCAGAGAAUGCUCCAAACACCAUCAGCUACCCAACCACACCACCGCGCUUCGGCCCUUACCGCGCGCUACCCUCCGUCUGUCAGUCCACCACACCACAAUGUCGACCCAGAUUCGAGCUCAUUCAACGACAUGCCAUCAGCGGCCCGCAUGA